UGUAUUCAGAAAGCCCUCUAACGCCAUUCAGAGCAACUAUUUGGCUUUUCAAACCAACUACUUACUGCCAGUAUUAAUUUCAACGUCACUCUUGUCACACACACGCGCGUGGUUUCGAAUUUAGAAAAAAAAACACUUCAAAUAUUUGAAAUUUCUUUUGUUUCACGGUAAAGGUUACUUUGACGACGCUUCAAAACUGCUUCUACAAGAACGACCGACGCAUCGAAAGAUUAAGAAUUUCACAGUGAUCCCAUCGUCAACUUUCAAACGUCAUUACAUCCGAAUCGAUCGCGAGGCAUUUUACUGUUUGCUGAAGGAUGCUGGAUGCAAACACCCACGAUUUUUGAAGCUGAAUGUUACGCCAAAAGUCCGAGGCAAAACCUCAAACGCCAAUUGGAACGUGGUGUGGAAGGAGUACUUCAACAUCGACGCCAUUGAAAGAACGCCAAAGAACGAACAUUGUACUCAGGUUCAAUUUGAUAAUACCAUCAUAACGGAUGGAGUGGCUGCAUGCUUUCAAAUGUUGCACACAAAAGUUGUGUACGAAAUCGACGAAGAAGAGCGUUUGAAGGAUAUUCAGCAGAAACUGCAAAGUGCACAGCAGGUGUAUGGAAUAUCGAUCCCGGUCUUCGUUUGGUUUUGGGCGGUGUACGGCGCAAUCUUCAUGGCACUGAAGACAAUAUUUGUUCGUCCGUAUGCAAACUAAGGAAUGGUAAUAAAACCUGUAUCUGAUCUAGAUACAUUUUUAAGGCUAUGAAUGCACACUGUCGCCAGCCAAGGGCUAGUCCGAGCACUGUUCGAGAAAAUGAGCCGACGUUACAACUGCACAGUGUUCUGGGUCGAUGAGUUUUGCACUACAAAAUUGUGUUCAUUGUGCUUCCGAGAUUUGGAACAGCCGGAAAAAGCCGGUCGAGUGAAGAAAAAGUACCGGUAUUAUUUGUGUCAUGGGUGUGAAAAAGUGCCUGAAGCAACUGAAGCUGUCAAUCACAUCCAUUCGCGCAAAACUAAUCGACAGCUGACGAAGCAACGAAAGAAAGUUCGUCGACCACACCGUCGUGGUGUGCGCAAGGCAUCCAAAUUCCGGCGGUACAAACAACAGCCAGCAAAUGGGCGUAAUAUGACAUGGAACCGCGAUGUCAACGCUGGUCGGAACAUUCUUUACAGAGGUUGGUGUGCAGUAAUGGGCGUGAAGCUACAUCAAGCGUUCAAGAGAUCGGUGCAAGAAGAGGAAAAAGGAGCAGCUGCAGCACCACCACCAGCAAACCAGUAAUUCAUAUCUGCAAUUGUCAUGGUUUUCAAAAUCAACAAUCAACACAAAGAACAUAGUUCUAUCCAAGAUCAAGCGGGAAUCCAAACACCAUCUGCAUUCUCGCGGGCUAUAGGUGUUUCACGUCUGGCGUGGUCUUCGGUUGGGAGUCCCAACAAUUAUAAAGUGUAAUGCUUUGUAUAUGAACUUUUCAGAUUUCCAAGUGUUUCGGAACUGAAAUUUAAUAGAAAAAAUGACCAAACGAUUCAUCAUCAUCUAUAGAGGCGAUGGCUCAGUUGGAGGGGGUAUGACACAUAGUUUGAGAAAAGCCUUGAAACAAAUUUCU